AUGGUCAUAAUUAUGCGUCGCGUCGUACUAGAGACUCGCACUCUGCGAGCGGCCUUUCAUAUUAUCAUCGGCGCCAUCUCAACAUUUGGUACUGUGAAAGCAAGUGAGCCACAAAACGAAAAGCAACAAGAUGAGGCGCCCACCACCCGCAGCAAACGACAGCCCACCAUAGGAAUUAUGGAUGAGUUUCUUAUCUUUCAAUUCAAUCUCACAAACGUGCACAUAUCAUCUCGAAUAGCGUGGGCAGAUUUUCUCAAAAAUCGAUUGAUUGGAUGUGGAAGCACUAUACCUUUUUACGAGAUUUAUGCAGCAAAUCUGUCAAAUUAG